GGUCGACAAGCUGCCGUCAGUCGUCUUGCUCCAUUCGCAAUUUCGCAUCGUCUGGACAACGUUCGAAAGCUUCCUAACCCUAAGCCAAGAUGAGUCUCAGAAAGCAGACUCCCAGUGACUUCUUGAAGCAGAUCAUUGGGAGGCCGGUGGUAGUCAAGCUGAACUCUGGCGUUGAUUACCGAGGUGUCCUGGCCUGCCUAGAUGGUUACAUGAACAUCGCCAUAGAGCAGACAGAGGAGUAUGUCAACGGGCAGCUCAAGAACAAAUACGGUGAUGCCUUUCUAAGAGGGAACAAUGUUCUUUAUAUCAGCACACAGAAGAGGAAAGUCUAGUGAUGCUCUUUUUUUUUUUUGCCACUUUGGUUCAUUUUUUGCUAUGAUAACCUGAAUACUGAAGAAUGUUUUGUAAAUGUAGAAUUGUUAAUAAAUCCUGAGUUCUGAGUUACA